AUGGACGACGACGACGAGCAGUCGCCGUGCGAAGGCUGCAAGUACAUCCUCCAGCGCACGUGGGAGUGCGUGCAGUUCUGGACGCCGCUCAGCGUCACCUUCCUCAUCCUCUGGCUCUUCUUCCGCCCUGACCGCUUCCACCCCCGCAUCGACUCCGGCGUGCUCGCCGCCCUCCACCUCGCCGACGGCAACGCCACGGAUCACCAGCGGCAGCUCCUCUACGACCUUGCCGUCGACCUCAGCUUCCGCAACGCGCACCGCCGCCUCUCCAUCCGCUACCUCGACAUCGCCGCCACCGCGUUCUACGGCGACACCAAGCUCGGCCCCGCCGACGACGCGCUCCCGGCGCCGUUCCGCCAGGGCCCCAAGAACACAACCGUGCUUCACCCGUCCUUCCGCGGCGCCGUGGAGGUGGACUCCGGCACUGCGGCGGAGCUGGAGCGUGAGAUCGCUGAGGGGACGGUGCACGUGAAGGUGAGCGUAGCGCUAACCCUCAAGUACAAGGUGUGGCUGAUCAGGGACGUGUAUUUCUACAAGUACGGCUGCUGGCUAUGGUUCCCGCCGCCGGCCAACGCCACGCCGGCCGUAUUCGACGCCGGCACCCGCUGCUGGGCCGUCAAGUAG